CCCCAGACGUCACCGCUCGGCGCGCAGUUCGGUUUGGCGGGUUCGGAUCUGCAGUGAGACUGGGCCGGGAUGUGGUCGCGAACGAACCGAGCUGCUGAGGUGUUUUACGCUCGUCUCCUGCAGUGAGUUGUAGCGCCUGCUGUUGGCCAGGGGAAUUUGAUGAAGAAAAGAAAGGAAUCUGUAAAGACCCAUUUGUCUAUGAGACUGAUAUCCAAGUGCAGUUGAUCAGCAAAGGCCAACCAAACCCUUUGAAAAAUAUUCUAAAUGAAAAUGAUGUCAUAUUCGUUAUGGAAAAAGUGCCUUUAGAAAAGGAAGAAGCAAGUCUUGUGGAAGAGCUACAACCUGAAGAAACUGCUAUUUCUGAUUUCUCUACUGGUGACAAUGUUGGACCCCUCGCUUUACCAGUUGGGAGAGCAAGGCAGUUAAUUGGACUGUACACUAUGGCUCACAAUCCUAAUAUGACCCAUUUGAAGAUUAAUCGGCCGGUUACUGCCCUCCCUCCCCUCUGGGUAAGGUGUGACGGUUCAGAUCCUGAAGGUACCUGUUGGCUGGGAGCUGAGCUUAUCACAACAAAUAACAGCGUUACAGGAGUUGUCUUAUAUAUGGCCACUUGUAAAGCAGAUAAAAAUUAUUCUGUAAAUCUUGAAGACUUAAAAAAUUCACACAAGAAAAGACAUCACUUGUCCACUGUAACAGCCAGGGGCUUUGCCCAGUAUGAGCUCUUUAAGUCCACUGCCUUGGACGAUACAGUCAUCGCGUCACAGACUGUGAUCACUUUGGAUAUUUCCUGGAGUCCUGUGGAUGAGAUUCUUCAAAUCCCCCCACUCUCUUCAACCGCAAUUCUGAAUAUUAAGGUGGAAUCAGGAGAACCCAGAGGUCCUUUGAGUCACCUUCACAGAGAACUGAAAUUUCUCCUUGUUUUGGCUGAUGGUUUGAGGACUGGGGUAACUGAAUGGCCUGAGCCUCUGGAAGCAAAAUCUGCCGUUGAACUCAUGCAGGAAUUUCUGAAUGACUUAAAUAAGCUGGAUGGAUUUGGUGACUCUACAAAAAAAGACACAGAGACAGUGAAGCAUGACAGUGCUGCCGUUGAUCGCUCCAUCGAGUGUCUCUUCACAGUACGGGGUGAUCUCGAUUUUGCUGAGCAGCUGUGGUGCAAAAUGAGCAGUAGCGUGAUCUCCUAUCAAGACUUGGUGAAGUGUUUCGCGUUGAUCAUCCAGAGUCUGCAGCGUGGUGACGUCCAGCCGUGGCUCCAUAGUGGGAGUAACAGUUUACUAAGUAAGCUGAUUCAUCAGUCUUAUCAUGGAGCCAUGGACACAGUUUCUCUCAGUGGGACUGUUCCGGUUCAGAUGCUUUUGGAAAUCGGUUUGGACAAACUGAAGAAAGAUUAUAUCAGUUUUUUCAUAGGUCAGGAACUGGCAUCUUUGAAUCAUUUGGAAUAUUUCAUUUCUCCAUCAGUUGAUAUACAAGAACAGGUUUAUCGUGUUCAAAAACUCCACCAUAUUCUGGAAAUACUAGUCAGUUGCAUGCUUUUCAUUAAACUUCAACAUGAGCUCCUCUUUUCUUUAACACAAUCUUGCAUAAAAUACUAUAAACAAAAUCCUCUUAAUGAGCAACACAUUUUUCAGCUGCCAGUCAGACCAACUGCUAUAAAAAACUUAUAUCAAAGUGAGAAGCCCCAGAAAUGGAGAGUGGAAAUAAAUAGUGGUCAAAAGAAAGUGAAAACAAUUUGGCAACUGAGUGACAGCCCACCUGUAGACCAUCUGAAUUUUCACAAACCCGGUAAAGAUGAUUUUUCUGAGUUAACGUUGAACGGCAGCCUGGAAGAAAGGAUGUCCUUUCCUAACAUGGUCACCUGCAGCCAGGUGCAUUUCAAGUGAGGGGUGCUGACAGCAUCCCCUGUAAGGUG